AUGAAAACUGACUUAGAAGAGAAGAAAACGCUUAAAAAAGACGAAAAAUGCCCUAUUUGCAGAAAUGAUCCAUAUUUAAAUCCAAAUAUGAGGUUUUUGAUUAAUCCAGAGUGUUAUCAUAAGAUGUGCGAAUCAUGCGUAGCAAGAAUUUUUACAUUAGGACCGUCUCCAUGUCCAAAAUGCGGGAAAAUUCUUCGUAAAGGACGAUUUAGGGAGCAAACGUUCGAGGAUAUGACGGUAGAAAGGGAAAUUGAUAUAAGGAAACGAAUAUCUAAGAUUUGUAAUAAGCGUCCAGAAGAUUUUGAAACAUUAACUCAAUAUAAUGAUUAUUUGGAAGAAGUUGAAAACAUAACAUUCAAUUUAGUAAAUAAUAUUGACGUAGAAGAAACAGAAACCAAAUUAAUAGCAUAUGAAGCAAUUAAUAAGAAGUCAAUCAUGGUAAAUGCACAAAAAGCAGAAUUAGAGGCGCAGAUCAUUGCACAAAAUGAAGAUAGGUUAAAAAAAGAAAAAAAAAUCUCACAAAAAAUGAUUAUCAAAGAAAAAGAAGCAGAACAUAUUGAAAAAGAAGAAUAUAAACAAGAAUUAAUCCGUGAAUUGGCAUCUUCGGAUAAACAAGCAUCAAAAAUUGUUGAACAUAGUAAUGCCUUAUCUCUUAAACGGUCAACAAUUCGAAAGCAACGAGCAGCUUAUGAAGCAAAAAUUGCAAUAGCAGCUCUUUCUACUUUUCAGAAUUCAUGUUUAAAUAAAGGUGAACAAAAAUUAGAUGUAUUUUCGCCUAUGGCUGGCCAAAAUAAAGAAAAUACAUUAUAUGUUGUAAAGGAAACUUAUAAUGAUUCUUUUCUUAAACCUUUACUGGAGAACAAAACCAUUCGCGGGGGAGGUUUUAAUAUUAAUGAUGUAUACAAACGUGUUUUAUUUGAGGCGUUUGCAAGUCUGUAUUUCGAAAAUUCUAACAAUAAGCCACAAACAAAUCCAUCAUGACCUCAUUUUUUUAAUAUU